AUGGCUGCCCCCCCCCAAAGGGGUGUCCGGGACAGGAGUCAGCCGUUCCAUCAGUGCCCAACGUCUACGCCUCAUACCGAUUUUCCUUGGACGUCGACGAGUCCGACGCUAAUUCUCUCCGACAAAACUAAAUCUCUCGACCAGCAGUGCUCUCCCGACGGUGAGCCUCUGCAGUUCAAUCACCAAGCCGACACCACUGCAACGCACACGUACACGGCAGUCGCGAUCCUGCAGCUCUCUUCCAAGCAAAAUGGUGGCGGAACAAGGCCCGAGACCAAUGUUCAGAUGCAGCAGCCUGCGCAGGCCGAGCAAAAAACAACCACACAACCGCAGCCUUCCCAGGAGUCGCCUCGAAGAUGUGAAUCUGCUCCCAGAGCAACCUCACCUUCCACGACCCUAUCGCCGACAGACAGCAACUCCCGCACAUCAACGCCUCAACCCGAGCCCACGAAGCCUUCCAGAAAAUCGAGCCACUCGUCCACCACGCCCACCUAUCCCAUAGAGCCUCCCGUUACUCGCGCUACCCUCAGCGAGCUCGACGUCACCAAAAUCAUACACAACCCGAAGCUCCGCCACGACAUCAACUUUGACCCUGAGCUGCACUUUCGACCGAACCUCGAUGGCGAAAAGGGCCGCAAGAAGCAGGACCGCGCAAACCAGUUCUGGCGCUCUUUGAAAAAGGAACUGGCCAUGUUCAUCACCGACCGUUCUAGCUUCUACCACACCUACGGCCACGCCGAUGAUUGGACCCUGCCCACCCUGCUAAAGGCAGUCAAGGAGAUUAUUCAGACCUUGGUUCCUCAGCGCGACCGUCACUUCCUCGACGAGGGCCUCAACGUCGAGCUGCUGAUGCAGCAGUUUCACAAGGGCUGCGCCGACCUGGAGAAGCUCGCUCAGUGGCUCUCCCAAGUCCUCAAGUCUCACUGUGCCCCUAUGCGAGACGACUGGGUCGAUGCCAUGUACAACCAGCUCAGCAACGGCAACAAAACCUCGGACCUUGACGAACUCGUCAAUGGCAUGCGCAGUCUGCUCAGCGUUCUCGAGGCCAUGAAGCUCGAUGUCGCCAACCACCAGAUCCGCUGCCUCCGCCCUGUCCUUAUCGAAGACACGAUUCAGUUUGAGCAAAAAUUCUUUCUAAAGAAGACUUCCUCCAAAAGAAUCGACAUCUCGUCUGCCAAGCAGUGGUACAAGGACGCCGAAACCAAGCUCGCCGCGGGCAUCACCGACUCCACGCACACCUUUGGCGAGACGGGCGUCUUCUUUGAGGCCCUCUCCCGCCUGAUUCUGCCCUCAUCACCCGAGAAGCGGCUGCCCAGCACUUUUCUCUUCGACGAGGAGCGCAUCCUCAAGCUCCGCUCCGACAUGCUCGACGCCAUCAACCUCGAGAUCUGCAUGAGAAUGUACGAGGAUCUGGAGCGCAUAGGCCGCUACAACACAUCUGGCCUUUUCGCGGGCCCUGCCUUGGACGACGAUACCAUGCGCCGCUCCAGCUCGCCCAGCUCCGACUUCAACUUCAACACUCCUCUCGAGACAUCCCGACCAUCCAGCAUCAACUUUAGCAGCUCUGGCUCUACGGAUUCAUCCCCUCGCUCUUCUGUCAACCUUCCCGCCUAUGUGGCCCCCGAGAACAGCGAAGCCAAGAGCAAGACGCGCAACCUCUACAACUCUCUUGUGGCUCUCCUCCAGUCCGCCACCCCUGGGCUCCGCCAGUCUGCUCGCUGGCAGUCGAUCUCUUCCUCGAUUGCCCUGCAGAUUUUCCGCAACACAAAGGCCCCUUCGAGCAUGCUGAGCAUUUUUGAGGACAAGCUGGCCGCCAACGUUUGCGGCGUGGACUCGCCCCUUUACAAGGAGGUUGAGAAGUCGUUCCACACCCGUCUCAUGGCCGAACUCAGCACUCGCACCCGCGAAUAUCGCUCCCUGUCUGGUGUUGGCCUCUUCUCGGCUGCUACCAGCGGUCGCUCCCAGACCCGCGAACACGAUCAGGACGAGGGUGUGGUGGAGGAUAUUGGCGUUCGCCUGGCACACCUUGGUGUCUUGCACUGGCGCGUCUGGUCGCAGAUGGCAUACGUCGACGAGGACAGCAUGGUGCUGGACUCCUGA